AUGUCGGCAGCGAUAAGCGUCAAGUCGCGCUUCGGGAGCAAUGCCGAGGCCACACACCCGCCGAUUGUGCACUUUACCCGGUACUACGCCCACGCCCGCGAUCGGUCGCAGCGGAGCUCCGAGCGCCAGUUUCCGGGCGUGCAUAACGCGCUGCUCUCCACCGUGUCGCCCGAUGGCUUUCCGGACGCGCGGACCGUCUCACUCCACGAGUACUCUGACGAUGGCUUUGUCUUUUGCACCGCCCGUGGCUCGCCCAAAGCCCGUCAGCUUCUCGCGAGCGGGACGGCGGCACUGACGUUCCUUUGGCCGCCGUCGCAAUCGCAGGUGAGGAUUAUGGGCCGGGUGACCGAGCAAUCGCGCGAGGCGACGCUCGCGCUGUUUGACGCGUGCACGCCCCGCGAGCAGGCCUACUACGUCCGUACCGGCAGCGGCGGCCAGUUCGGCCAGUCUCAAGUCGUGGCGGUGGUGGAAGAUUGCCAUGAUGCCCAACAGGCGGUCGAUGACGCCGGCCCCGAGUAUGCCCUACCGGACGGUUGGACUUCGUUUAUCCUCCUCCCGCACGUAGUCGAGUUCCUCUGCCUCGCGCAGGCCUCGCGCAUGCGGUACAUCCAUGUUGAGCGGUGUCGUGAGUCCGGACCGGUCCAUGUCCUCCAUACCCUCCCGCUCGAGGCCGGUGGGGAAGAAGAGGCCGACGCGGGCGAGGGCGAGGGCGAGCUGGCGAGGGGCGGACGCGAUGCCGGGCAUGGAUGGUACCGGCAGGAUCUGGCCAUGUGA